AUGGAUAUGCAGUUUGUCUAUGAUGUUUUAGGGGAAAAUGCUUGCUCAUACAUCAGUGGCACCUUUGUGGUGUUGUGGAUUCUCGUGUGGCUGUACCGAGACAGCCUGGAGAUCGAGGACGUCACUGAGAAGUAUGUCUUUGUGACCGGCUGCGACUCGGGCUUUGGAAACCUGCUGUGUAAGAAGCUCGAUCGAAAAGGUUUCCACGUGCUCGCUGGCUGUCUCACAGAAAAGGGAGCAGAUGACCUGAAGAGGGCGGCGGGCCCUUAUUUGAAGACUGUCCUUCUGGAUGUGACCAGUCAGGACAGCAUCCAGAAAGCCAUGGAGUGGACCAAGAAGGAGGUCGGCGAUAAGGGACUCUGGGGUGUUGUGAACAACGCUGGAUGCUCACUGCCCAUGGGUCCUUCAGAGUGGAUGAAAGUGGAGGAUUUCCACAGCGUACUGAAAGUCAACAUGAAUGGAGUGAUUGCCAUGACAAUGACCUUCCUGCCCCUCAUCAAAAAGGCUCGCGGCCGUAUUGUAAACGUAGCGUCGGUGCUGGGCAGGGUGGCUGCAAACGGUGGUGGAUACUGCAUCUCCAAGUUUGCAGUGGAGUCUUUCUCGGACUGCCUCAGGAGAGAUAUUAACUACUUUGGAAUCAAUGUGUGUAUCAUUGAGCCGGGGUUUUUCAAGACCGCAGUGACGAGCCUGGAACCCCUCGAGAGGGAGCUGCAUCGCCUGUGGAACCAGCUCAGCCCUGAAGUACAAGCCAGCUAUGGAGACAAGUACCUCGAUAAAUACAUCAAGGUCCAGCGUUUGAUCAUGAAUGCUAUCUGCGACACGGACCUCUCCAAGGUGACCGGCUGCAUGGAGCACGCUCUGACUGCUGCUCACCCACGCACCAGAUACAGCCCCGGCUGGGAUGCUAAGCUUAUCUGGAUCCCCCUCUCUUACAUGCCUUCCUGUGUAGUUGACAUUGGGCUGAAGCUGGUGCUGCCUCGCCCGUCAAAGAGCGUGUAA